AUGGACAACGACUGCAGCAUAUUGUGCAUUCUCUGUGCACUCAAAGGGGUGAUUUCUGUCAACUAUGCGGGCUUCCACAAAGUUUGCAAUACUCAUAGUGAGGAAACUAACGUUGGAACAGAACUCAAUUGCAAACAUUGCAACUCCAGAGUAAAAAUUAUUUGUCUGAAGCAAAUACCAAUACCUACCUGUGGAUAUUGUGAACAAAAAGAAGGUAUUUAUCAAAUUCCUGCUUGUAAACAUAGGUUUUGUGUAGAUUGUUUUCAAACCGACGCGAAUUCAUAUGAAGAUUGAUGGUUUUGCCCAAUUUGCAAGAGCUACGUAGAAAGCCCAGCUCCUUUUUUCAGAACGCAAAGAGAGCUUGAGGCAAAGCAGAAAAAUGCCCCAAUUGCAAAAAAAGACCCAAAAAUUAAUGCAAAAAAUAAUAAAGCAAAAAAAGAGGUUUUUGUGCCUGAAAAAGGUAGCCAUGAACCAAAAAAUUAUGAUCUCCCUGAUAUAAGUUGUGUGCAGAAAAAGAAUACACCAAUAAUUAAUGAAGGAAAUAAUAAAGGUCUUGGAGAAAGUGAUCUACCUGGUAUAAGCAAUUUUCAGAAUCUGCAAACUUCGGGGCUGGACCUUCCUGAUAUAAGUGUUAAUCCUUCUAGUCUGCAGAAUCUUGUACCUAAUGCAGGCUUUAACCUCCAGUAUCAGCAAGCUGAGGAUCUUCCUGAUAUAAACCCUACAGAUUCAUUUCUGCGUGGAGAAAAAGAAGAGCUUAUAGACUCAAGUGUCAAUGUGCCAUAUCGGCCAGCUAAAAAAAAUGAUCAACCAAAUCUUUCUUGGAAACAAAAUGAUCAGUCAGAAUUUGAAGAAAUAUCAGAUAAGUUUUUGAAAAAUAGCAAGCCAAUAGAAUUAAAACCAUUAGAGCCAGAACUAUGUGAAAUCCACCAUGAAAUUGAAAUUCCUGUAGCUGAGCCUGUAGAGCCAGCACAAAUAGACGAAUUAGUUAUGCAGUGCACGAUCUGCUAUUCUUGGUAUUUAGAAAUUAUAGAUAAUGGUGCCUCGCUUUAUUGUGGACACUGCAAAUCGAAAUUUUGCCCAAUAUGCUUGAUCAAGCUUGAAAACCAUGAAAAGUGUAGAGAAGUUAGAGAAAUCUUCACAUGACGCCUACACCAUAAGAACUAUUUUUUGGCCUAUUUUUUGGAUUUAGUUUAUUUUGAAUAAUUCAAAUAAUAAUUAUUUCGAUAUAAAUAUUAGGAAAAAUAAUUUAGAAAAAUGUAUCAAAAUAAAUAAACCAAAAAAUUUACCAAAAAAAAAAAUAGGCCAAAAAAAAGUUUUUAUGGAAGGAACACUAGGAGCAGCACUUUUGGAAGAAUAUAUGAAAUAAAUCUAAAGCUAGAUCAAUUGGGCUUAGUUGUUCAAAAGUGCCCUAAUUGCUAUUGAUUGCAGACAUAUGAUCGAACGGACCCAAAUUUUGAUAAUUAUGGGACCUGUAGAAAUGAGAAGUGUAAGGGGAAAAAGUUUUGCUUGCUCUGUACAGGCGAUCCAAAUCCAAAUCAUGACUGUUUAAAUGAGGAGAAGUUAAAGAAAGAAAUCAAAUAUCAUGAGAUAAGAGGAUACACUUUCCCUAAAAGCUUUUUUGAGAAAAGAUUUCAUAAGUAA